ACGAGAUCAGGCGGUCAACACAAGAGGAAUCUCAACCGGUCCAGUAACGCAACAUGACCUCCGAAACGUACGUGCAAAUCCUCGCUGUGGGGUUGCUGGCCUUUCUGGUACUACGUGCCUCCGGAGCUCCGCUUACUGAGGCACCCGCCGUCUUUCCAUCAACUGACACUUCAAGUGAGGAGGAAACCGAGUCCUCCGAGCUGCUGAGCUCCUCUGAUGUUUGGGAGUCGGUUCUGGCUACCGCUAAAGACCACCAGAAAUCUUUUGAAGAUGAAUUCCAAAACAAUGUUGAGUUUCAUUUACUGGAGGACUACAAAAUCUCCCAUCUUCCAGCAAACUGUCCCUCCUCCAACUUCAGCAAGGAGUCUUGCCUCCACAGGCUGGCCAAAGGUCUGUCCUUUUAUACGAGUCUUCUAAAGCAAGUGGAGAAAGAAUAUCCCGGCAGUAGAAUUCUGUCCGAGGCCAAACGCAACACCGAACUCCUCCUCUGGAACAUCAAACAAAAGAUGAAAAAGCCAGAGGAGGUCACAAGCCUAAGCAGCAGCCAGGAGAAAAGCCUGCUGGAGUCAUUGGACAAGGCAGAUGCUUUUCAGAGAAAGAUGACGGCGCACAGCAUCCUGCGGCAGCUCUACGUCUUCAUGGUUGAUGGCAAGAGGGCGCUAAGUCGGAGAGACAGGCGCAGGGGAAGACCUGCCAAGGUUUAACACAUCGAAGUAGUCACAUCCGCAACAAAGGCCGUGUCAGGAAAGUUGGGCAAAGCCUGAGUCAAAUUAAGGGAACUUGUUGUAUCUGCAGUGAGGUGUCGUAAUCCACUGACGGAAUGAUGAUGUAUUUAUACGUUUUUGAAUGACGCAGAGGCUGGGUUUUUUUUUUGCUAUUUAUUCCUUGAAGAAAAUAUUUAUUGCCCAGACAAAAAAACCCUUGUGAUGGGUCUGCCUUAUUUAUUACAAACGGUAAUUUAA